GCAGGUCCCUCCUCCGCCUAUGGCUGCUCUCCUUCUCUCGGCGCGGGGAGGGCGGAGCCUCGGCGCUUAGCCUCUCCGGGGGAAAUUGCUCCGUGGAGCCGCUGCCGCUGCUGCUGCUGCAACGUCGAGUCUUUCCGAGGCGCGCGCGCGGGUGUUUCCUGCGCGGGGCGGGCCGGGGGCGGCUCCGGGCGCGCAAAAGGCGCGGGGCGGAGAAGGCGCGCGGGGCUCUGCCCGUCACGGCCGCUUCCCUCCGCCCCUUUCCCGGCCAGCCCAGGAGCGGAGCGUCCGCGCGGCCUCCGGACGGUCGCUGGCUCGGCGAGGCUUCUUCCCCUCCUCUCGGGCCGGGCUCCGUGGCCCUCGCUGCUCCGCCUCCGCCAUGUCCGCAGCCGCGGGCGGCGGCGGCGGCGGGGCGGGCACUCCCAAGGCGCUGCCUUCGUCGGGACCCAAGUCUCUGCGGGAGAUGCCGCACCCGCUGGCCGCCUCCAGCAGCGAGGAGGCGGGCGCCGAGCUGACGCCCAGCCCGGACUUGCAGCUGCCGCGCAGCAUCGCCGACAAGGACCUCAGUCUGCCCAAUGGUACUCCUGUAGACACUUCAAGCCCAGCCUCUUCUUCCUCACUUCUGAACAGACUGCAGCUGGAUGAUGACUUGGAUGGGGAGAUGAGAGACCUCUUUGUCACUGUCGAUGAUCCUAAGAAACAUGUCUGUACGAUGGAGACUUAUAUCACGUACAGGGUCACAACCAAGACCACACGUGCAGAGUUUGACUUGCCAGAGUAUUCCAUGCGCCGAAGAUACCAGGAUUUUGACUGGCUCAGGAAUAAACUAGAGGAAUCUCAACCCACUCAUCUCAUUCCCCCUCUCCCAGAGAAAUUUGUGGUCAAAGGAGUUGUUGAUCGCUUUUCAGAAGAAUUUGUUGAGACGAGGAGGAAGGCCUUGGAUAAAUUUUUGAAAAGGAUUGCUGAUCAUCCUGUCCUUUCUUUUAACGAACACUUUCAUGUGUUUCUUACUGCCAAAGAUCUUCAUGCUUAUAAAAAGCAGGGAAUGGCCUUGCUUUCUAAGAUGGGAGAAUCGGUAAAAUAUGUCACAGGAAGCUAUAAACUCAGAAGUCGACCGGUGGAGUUUGCUGCCAUUGGUGACUACCUAGAUACUUUUUCUCUGAAGCUUGGAACCAUUGACAGGAUAGCACAGCGAAUUAUCAAGGAGGAAGUAGAAUACCUUGUGGAGCUCCGAGAGUAUGGUCCUGUUUACUCAACCUGGAGUGGGUUAGAGAAAGAGCUGUCGGAGCCUCUUGAAGGAGUAUCUGCCUGCAUUGGGAAUUGCUGUACGGCACUCGAGGAACUGAGCGAAGACAUGACUGAAGACUUUCUUCCUGUCCUAAGAGAGUAUAUGCUGUACUCGGAGUCCAUGAAGAAUGUGUUGAAGAAAAGAGAUCAAGUUCAAGCAGAAUAUGAAGCCAAACUGGAAGCUGUGGUCUUAAAAAGAGAAGACCGCCCCAAGGUGCCCACUGAGGUCGAAAAGUGUCAGGACCGCGUGGAAUGCUUCAACGCAGACCUGAAGGCAGAUAUGGACCGGUGGCAGAACAACAAGCGCCAAGACUUUCGGCAGCUGUUGAUGGGAAUGGCAGACAAAAACAUCCAAUAUUACGAGAAGUGCCUUACGGCGUGGGAAUCUAUUAUACCACUUUUGCAAGACAAGCCUGAGACCAAAUAAGAAACCGCAUCUUUCCCCACCCUUUUCCUCCCUGCACCAUGGACUUCUGACCAAGUGACGGUACCACUAAACAUACUGGAGAUACACUAUGCACGACUUGGUGUCAGAUUUGGGUUUUCCCACCCCACCCCUUGGAGGAACAACUACCUGUGCUGAACCUCGGGACUGAUCCAACUUGAAAAAAGUUUGAAACUGUACAUUUUUUGUGCCACCUUUUUAUUAAACCAUCCGAGUUGGCCUUGAAUGCUCCUAUUCACGAUCCUUGGCUGACGGCAAAGAAACUACAGGGACUUUUCUCCUUUUGGACCGCUUUAUAUUGAAUGAAGUUGAUACGAGGAACACUACAAUAAUAAUAAUGAUGAUGGUGAUGAUAAUUACAAUGAUAAUAAUAAAGGACUCUUUAAAAUGCAAGGUGCCAACACA